CAUGGAAAACUUAAAAAUCAGUGAAAAUUUGUUUACAAAUAUACGCUAUUUUGUUGUGGGCAAUCUAGAGGAGGAGAUCGACCAAUUGCUAAAAAAUGGCGGUGCCCAGAAAAAACCCUUUCUCACCGAUAUGGUUACACAUUUAAUAUGUGCUCCGAAUUAUCCGGAAGAUGAAUUGGUUAUGAGUUUGGAUCUCUACACAGUGAUACCCGUUACCGAACAAUGGGUAAUACACAGUGUCAAAUUGGGUCGUUUGGCGUCCACGGCAGCCUUUGACCCCAGUGUUAAUCGUCUGAUGAAAAAUAUUUCCGUGGCAAUUGUUAAUGUCUCCGCCAUGGAUCGUAAACGUUUAUAUGCCAUGCUGACAUAUAAUGGGGCACAGGUCACCACUAAUUUCACCGGUAAUAAUAGUCAUUUAAUUGCCGGUAUGGCUGGUGGUCCCGUGUAUGCGAAAGCUAUUGCUUUACCCAAAAGUGCCAUAAGCAUUGUUACACCCGAUUGGGUAUUGGAUUGUUUGAAACAAAAGAAAUUAUUACCAUGUGAUGGAUAUCAUCCGCGGCUAUUGAAAAUUGUCGAGAAACCGAAAUUACCUCAAAUAUCAGCGGCGACAGCCUCUGCAUCCAUCACAUCCAGUGGAACUAACAAUAAAGUAGUAACAACACCAACUCCAGCAACACCAACUACAUCAACGCCAACGAAUGCCAGUAAUCUCCCGCCUUCAGUAGCCACACAACAGGCGUCUCAGCCACAGCCACCUCCACAACAACAGCAGCAGCAACAAUCCACAGCUCAAUCAACUGUCGUCCCGCCCUCAGUUGAACAAACUUUAUCCAAUAUUUUAGGUUUUGAUGAUGAUACCCUCAUAGAUAAGGCCACCGAAUCGACAUCGGUCUCAACAUUGGAUGCUGCACAAAGUAUAGCCAAUAUAAAAUCGCAAUUACAGGCAGCAGCUGUCCAAAUCACGGCUGCCGCUGCUAAAGACAACAAUAAGACUGCCCUAACUCAACAACAACAACCACAACAGCAGCAACAGCAAACCCAAUCAGCUCUAUCAACAUCCUGCUCACCAACGACACCGGGCACGUUUGUUGCAGCUACAACUACCUCAUCUUCUUCCACACCCACAACAGCAAAAAGUGAUAUACCACCAGCCUCAACAAUAACAACGUCAACAUCAUCAUCGCCUUUUGGAGGUAAUAUCUCCUUGGAUAAUUCCAUAACAACGACCAAUUUACAAUUACAACAACCACAGCCACAACCACCACCUCCUCCUCCUCCAGCUCCAGCUGCCUCACCACAACACCACCAGCAGCCACAACAACAAUCACAAAUUGUGUUUGUGCGGCCACGUAGUGUUAAUCAGCAACAACAACAACAGCAACAACAACAAAUGUUGCAACAACAACAUCUCAUGCAAACAUCACAAGUUUCACAGCAGCAGACGGUAACAGCAGGUACAACAACAAGUGCCAUUACCACACCGGGUAUGCAGCAGCAACAGCAACAUGUUCAACAACAUGCCCAACAACAACCCUUGCAACCCCUACAAUCACCCAACCAGGCACAAUCACAACAACAACAAUUUAUGCCACAGCCUCCACGUACCCCCACCUCUAGCAAUCCCGACUCGAGGACACCAACCCCCCAGCCGGGUACACCACAACCUCCACGCACACCGCAACCGAUUAGUGGUCGUCAAACACCACAGGCCCCACGGACACCACAACCUUCGACCACACCACAACCACCUGGCCAGUCGCCGCAACACAUCUCUCAAAUACAAAUGUCUCCCUCCAACAACACCACCCCGACGACGAUGAAUCAGCAACAAUCGGGGGUGGGUCAAGUGAUACAACAACAGCCUAGUCCCCAAACGCAGCAGCAGACUAUUACCAUGUCGCCACAAAUGCUCAAUCAACACAUCCUUAGGCAGCAGCACAUUUUGCAACAACAACAAAUGCAAUUACAACAGCAAAUACAAAGUGGACAAAGUUUGACACCCCAGCAACAGGCGCUGCAGCGGCAAAUACAACAACAGCAGCAGCAAUUGGUGCAGCAACAACAGCAAUUGCAACAACAAUUACAAAUGCAGCAACAGGCUCAACAGCAACAACAAAUGCUACAACAACAGCAACAACAAUCACCGCGUAUGCAACAACAUCCCUCACCCCGCCAGCUGCAGUCGCCAGCACCACAAAUGACACCACCCCCGCCACCACAAUCACCUGGCAUGGCUGCUACCCAGCAACAACAACAACAGCAACAGCAACAAUUGCGCCAACAAUUGCAACAAGUAAGACAAUCGCAACAACAACAGCAGCAGCAACAGAGACAACAGCAGCAAUCUCCCCAGCACAUGAUGUCUCCGCAACCCUUCCAGCAGCCCCAGCGUGUUCAAUUACAAAUGCAACAAAUGCAGCAGCAACAACAACAACAGCAACAACAAUCUCCACAACAUAGAGCCUCACCGGCUCCACCAUCUCCCAGCAUGCAACAGCAGCAGCAGCAAACGAAAAUGCAAAUUUCAAGUCAUAAGCCGAUAGAUCCCACCGAUCCGGUACAGGUGGCUCAAAUUCUAAGUCGUUCGGCACCCAGUCCCAAUCAUGAAUCGCUGAUAAUGAGAACGCAACAAAUGAAACAACAACAGCAAUUACAGCAGCAGCAACAAUUGCAACAGCAACAACAACAACAGCAGCAGCAACAACAAACCCAAGCUCAGUCCCAACAGCCGCAGCAACCUUCACCACAGCAGCAGCAGCCGCAGCAACAACCUCAACAACAAUCUCAGCAACAACAACAACAACUACUUAACAAUUCCAAUUCCAAUCCAAAUGUUGUUGUUGGUGGUGGUGGUGUUGUGGGCCAACAACGGCAGGUCAUCAAUACGGCCACAGUUCAGGGCCAACAAAUUAUACAAAGUCAUAUGGUGAAUGUGCAACAAAAACAACAACAAAUGGUGCAAUUACAACAACAACAGCAAGCGGCACAGCAACAAAUUAUACAACAAAAAACGGGAAUGGUGUCGCCACAGCAGCAACAGCAGCAGCAACAACAAUUAAUACAGACACAACAGCAAACUCAGGCGGGAGUCGGCGGUGGGGUUCGUAUUAUCCAACAGACCAUACAACCGGCCCCCGGUACCACCACCACAUUUCAAACAUCUAACGCACAACAACAACAACAGCAACAAAUAUUACAGCAAAGACAGGCUCAGUUGCAACAGCAGCAACAACAACAACUACAAAUUCAAAAUACUCAACAGCAACAACAAAAUAAACCCAAAUAUAUUAUUAGCCAACAACAAUUUAAUCAAUUAAGUCUGCAACAACAACAACAAAUAUUAACACAAAAUCAACAGAAUCAGAAUUUCUUUAUUGUGAAUCAGACAAAUGUUACGGCAAUGCAACAGCAGCAGCAACAACAAUUGCAACAACAGCAGGCAGCGGCAGCCGCGGGGCAACAACAACAACUCCAACAGCCUCAGCAGCAGCAAAUGCAAACGGUGCAGCAACAACAACAAAUUGUUAUCAAUCAACAAAUUAUCAAUAAUCCGCAAAGGUUGCAAUAUUUACAGCAGCAACAACAACAAUUGCAGUUUCAACAAAAAGCCCAAUUGCAACAGCAACAACAGCAAUCCAAUGCAAUUGUUGUGGGUCAGCAGCAGCAACAACAAACAGGUCCUGCACAGCAGCAAAUUGUACAACAACAAAUUCUACAGCAAAGUCCCCAGCAUCCGGGGCAACAACAACAGCAACAGAUCAUAAUACAACAAACAAUACCACAACAACAUAUUUUGAGUGGCAGCCAGACGAUUUUACAAAGUCCACAACAGCAGCAGCAACAACAAAUUUUGGUGCAACAGCAAAAACAGCAGCAGCAGCAACAACAAAUGCAAAUCCAGCAACAACAGCAAAUAAUAGAUUCUCAACAGCAGCAGCAACAAAUAAUUCAAUCGCCACAGCAUCAACAACAAAUUAUUUUACAACAACAACCCACCAUACAACAAACAGUGCUCAUUCAGCAGCAGCAACAGCCGCAGGGUCAGCGGAUGCCUCAACAAACACCACCGCCUCAAUCACCCCAGCAACAACAACAACAAAUAUUAAUACAACAAGCCACCUCACCACAACAUCAACAGCAACAACAGCAGCAGCAACAACAACCUCAUUGGUCACCACAAAGUCCGGCGCCGGGUACACCCAAUUCAAGUGGCGGCGGCGGCCUACAAUCUCCCCUACAAGGCCAACAAUCACAAAUACAACAAAUCAUACCGCCGCAACAACAACAGCAACCUCAACAGCCGCAGCAACAACAACAAUUUAUACGUUCCAUACGUCCCACCACACCGGGUCAAUGGCCCGGCCAGGCAGCCGGUCUUCCCCCCGGCGCUCAACCUCAACGACAACUAAUCCAGCUCGAUGAUAAAACUCAUGCCCAUUUCAUGUCCUUGGAUCCGAUUAAAAAAGCGGAAUACAUUUCGAAAUUGCAGCAGAGUAAACAACGGGUAAUGGUGCGGCAACAGGUUGCCUAUCCACCAAGACCGCCGGGGGCACCAAAUGUUGUGGCCGCCAGUACAUUGGGUACACCACCAAGGCCAAUGCAGGGACCCACAACGCAACACAUCAUUGUCCAGUCACAAAUGCCCGCAGGACUGACGCAGCAACAACAGAUACAAUGGCUGCAACAACAACAGCGGCAAGUUGUAGUGCGAACGGCGGGUAGGGCACCAGGUUUAACGCCCAUUGCCACUCAGCAACAAAUUAGCACGGUCGGAGCACAACAACAACAAUUACAGCAGCAGCAACAACAACAACAAAUGUUCAAUCCCAAUGAUCCCAAUCAACAACAAAUCCUGCUACAACGGCAACAAUUACGUGUUCAAUUGCAACAACAACAGCAACAACAAGCGGCUCAACAACAACAGGUGGUCCAGCAACAAAUUAUUAGUCAAAAACCUGGCCAUCAAACUGUACAAGUUAUUACCGGUCCCGGUGGCCAGGUUAUCGAACAGCAAACAAUUAUCCAACAGCCUCAGCAGCAGCAAACGGUGGUAACCAAUCAAAUGGUUGGAGGUCAAGGUCAAGCAAUGCAGGGUGGUGGUGGUCAAGCUCUUCAAAAUUCUGGAAAUAUCAUUACAACAUUAGCCCCACAAACUGUGGUAAUGACAAAUCAGGGCAUACCAUCAUCCGUCGGUGGUGGUGUUGUUGGCGAGGCCCAAAUGCAACAGCAACAGCAGCAGCAGGUUAAUAUGCCCCAGACCCAACAACAACAAAUGAAUUUGAAUACCAAAACGGCCCUGGCCAAAAUGUUAAAUAGUCGGGUCCAACAGGGUGGUGGUACUGCUGCUGGCCAGCAAACAAUGGAAGCCAGUGCCGCUGGGACAUUACGCCUAAUGACCCAACAACACAAUGCCACUGGUGGUGUUGUGGGAGUAGUUCGUAGCCAACAGGAAUUGCUGCUCCUACAACAGCAGCAGCAACAACAACAGCAAAUGCGCCGACCCAUUCUGCAAAGUCAAAUGUCAACGGUCGGCGGUCCAGUAGCUGCCAACAAUAUUAUUGCCGCUGGUGUACCAGGACAACCCCAGCAAAUUGUCCAACAACAGCUGAUAGUAACAGCCGGUGGUGGAGCUGGUGGUACAGUACAGCAGCAGCAGAUUGUUGCAGCUCCUGGACAAUUGCAUGGCCAUGGUCAUGGCCAGGGGAUAAUGACCCCAGCCGGUUAUAUUCAACAGGGUCGUGUUGCUCAAAUCCCCAUACCCCAAAGGCCACAAUAUUAUGGUCACAAUCCCAAUUUAAAACUACCUCCCGAUCUCUUUUUGGUCGGUUGCACCUUUUACAUUGUCGAAGAGUAUGAAGAAACCGAUGGUGAAGAGUUACCCAUUUGGAUGGAAACGAUACGACAAUUUGGUGGUGAUAUUGAAAAGGUCUAUUGUCCGCGUGUCACCCAUGUUCUGUGUCGUACCCAACGUCACGGUGUCGUUAUGCAGGCACUGCGUGAAUCGAAACGAUGCAUAACAGCCUAUUGGCUAAGUGAUAUCUGCCUCAAAAAGCAGCUGCUGCCACCUUGGCAACCCCUACAUUUACCCUUUCCCAGUCAAUUUGGUCAUCAGAAACCCUUGGAACGGCAUAUAAUUGCCUCAAACGGUUUCGAACCGGAAGAGGAACAUCGUAUUAAACAAAUGGUCCAAGAAUGCGGGGCAAUCUAUACGUCAUACCUGUCGAAAAUGAAUACGGUAUUGGUGUGCAAAAAGCUGGAGGGGGAAAUGUAUAACGCCGCCAAAGAAUGGAAUAUACCCAUUGUCAACACGUUGUGGUUAAGUGAUAUAACCAUUGGAAAUUUAAGUUCCAUGUCCCAAUACGAUAAUCAAAAAUAUCAACAGUUUACCAUACAACCGCCAUUCCGUAUUGAUUAUGGUCUGGUGCCACAUCUAAUGGCUGCCUGGAAGGCACCCAUCAACCUAACCCAAGAAGCUCACGAACGUGUUAAACGCUAUUUAGCCGAUCCAUAUUAUGAAAAGGCUAAGCGUCAGAAAAUUUCACCAUAUCAAGAAGAGAUACCUGAAACCAUACUCUGUGUUGAGUAUCCACAAACGGCCAAACCGCCCAAGGUUUUGUUUUCACAAGUUGCCGAUCCGGAAUCGCUUAAAAAGGCUGUUGUCUCCCUGGGUGGCAUUGUUGUUGACAAUCCCGCCGAUGCCACCUAUCUCGUAAUGACACGCGAAAGUCGUACCUGUAAACUAAUACAAGCUGUCUGCCAUGUCGAUUAUGUUCUGAAAUCCCAGUGGUUGGUGGAAAGUGCCAAAGCGGGUAAAUUUCUACCACCCGAUCCGUAUCGUAUCGAAUAUAUACCAGUCGAUGAAAAUUUAAAAUUCCAUUUGGAUACGGUACUGCAAUCGACAACACGUUCAACACUUUUUGCGGGCCGUUAUUUCUUUGUAACGCCCGAUGUUUUUCCGGCACGUUCGGAAAUUGUUCGGAUGAUUGAAUCAUCGGGUGGUAAGGUUGAAGAGAAACGUCGUACGGGCCAAGCUAUUGCGGAGAUGCAUUCACAAUCACCAAAUGCCUACAUCAUUGUCACCUGCCCCAAUGAUAUGCAUUUGUGUGUAGAUUUGACACGUUUCGGUAACCCGAAAUGUCCGAUUGUAUCGACGGAGUUCGUGAUGAGUUCGAUACUCAAACAACAAUUGGAAAUUGAACCAAAUAUUAUACCGUAUUUGUAUAAUAACAAUAAUAAUAAUUAUUCGAAUCUUACCAGCAGCAGCGGCGGUAGUGGUGUAACAAAAACAUCUAAAUAG